UUAAAUUGCCGCACCACAUCACAUGCCUGACAGAUACAGCGAACCACCGGUAAAAAUGCAGUCAAUAAUCGGGAAAAACGGAACAGAGACAGCGGAUCCUGUUAAAGCAGACGUGUCAGGUUCCAUCCCCACUUGGCUGAAUGGGACACUUUUGCGCAAUGGGCCUGGUCUUUUCUCGCUUGGGGAAACCACCUAUAACCACUGGUUUGAUGGAAUGGCUCUCAUUCACAGUUUCACCUUUAAAGAUGGUGAAGUGUAUUACAGGAGUAAAUUUCUAAAGAGCCACACAUAUAUGAAGAACAGUGGUGCCAACAGGAUUGUUGUGUCUGAAUUUGGAACCAUGGUCUUUCCAGACCCCUGCAAGAAUAUAUUUUCAAAAGCUUUCACCUAUCUCUCCAAUGCCAUUCCUGAUUUCACGGACAAUAACCUCGUGAACAUUAUAAGAUAUGGCGAGGACUACUACGCGUCAUCAGAAGUGAACUACAUCAAUCAAAUUGAUCCAAUGACCCUUGAAACUGUUGGAAGAACUAACUAUAGGAAUCACAUCGCUCUGAACCUGGCAACAGCACAUCCUCACUAUGACGAUGAGGGGAACACUUACAAUAUGGGCACGGCCAUCAUGGGCUUCGGCAGACCUAAAUAUGUCAUCUUCAAAGUGCCUGCUGAUGCUACAGAUGAACAGAAGAAAAAGCCAGCUCUUAGGAAAGUGGAACAGAUAUGCUCGAUUCCUUUUCGCUCCACCCUGUACCCAAGCUACUUCCACAGUUUCGGCAUGACAGACAACUACAUAAUUUUCGUCGAGCAGGCUUUCAAAUUGGACAUUUUGCGCCUUGCUACUGCUUACUUCAGGGGAGUCAACUGGGGAGGAUGUUUGAAAUAUGACAAAGAUGACACCACUCUGAUCCACUUGAUCAACAGGAAAACAGGAAAGGCCAUAUCCACAAAGUUCUACGCUGAUCCAUUUGUGACAUUUCAUCACAUCAAUGCUUAUGAGGACAAUGACCAUGUGGUAUUCGACUUGAUCACAUACAAAGACAGCAAUCUGUAUGACAUGUUCUACUUGAAAAAUAUGACAAUGGAAACUGAGGAGUUCAUUGAGACCAACAAGAUCUUUUCCCCUCCAGUCUGCCAGCGAUUUGUUCUUCCUCUCAAUGUGAACAAGGACACACCAUCAGCCAUCAACCUUGUGAAACUACAGGACACAACAGCUACAGCAGUGAAACAGCAAAAUGGCUCAAUAUACUGCACCCCUGACUCACUCUUUCAAGGUUUGGAGUUACCAAGAAUUAAUGACAAAUAUAACUGCAAGAAGUACCGAUACUUCUAUGGCUCAAGGGUGGAGUGGUCGCCACACCCGAAUAAGAUUGCAAAAGUGGAUAUUGUCACCAGAAAACAUCUAGAGUGGACAGAGGAAGAAUGUUACCCAUCUGAGCCUGUGUUUAUCCCCUCACCAGAUGCUGUGGAGGAAGAUGAUGGUAUCAUCCUGUCCUCUGUUGUCUCACUCACUCCAAAUAGACCACCCUUCAUGCUGGUCCUGAAUGCUAAGACCUUUGAAGAGAUUGCACGGGCAUCUAUAAAUGCCACAGUUCACAUGGACCUGCAUGGCCUGUUUGUCCAUCAGAAAACCAAUAUCCACUAGAGGGCCUUCUGUUAGCACUUAACUGAUCAGUGGGUUGCAGGGCCACAUAGUAGUGUUAAGCUUUACGAGUCAUGUGAUUUAUUGUCAGAAAAUUAUUGCAGAGUUGUUGUAAUUAUUGCAAAAUUAUAUUGUAUCUCUCCCCUUUAGGAUCAGAUCUUAAAGAAUUUUUUAACUCAAUCCUGUUGUUUAACAUGAUAAACUAUUGUAAACUAUUGUUCAAAAAGCUAAA